AUGUGUAUACUGCGCCAAGAAACACGGCUACGAGAUCAGGAUCAGGAGUGGGGCCAUGACUACGAGGGCCUCUCAUACACUGCUGAUGUUCCCUUUGUUAUGCUUGAUUUCACCAACAUGAGGUCUAUAGACGUGGACGUAGCAAAAAGGACUGCUUGGGUCCAAGCAGGCGCUACGCUUGGUGAACUCUACUACAAAAUUUCACGAGAGACGGAUACCUUGUAUUUCCCGGCAGGUGUUUGCCCUACGGUGGGUGUUGGUGGUUACAUGGGCGGUGGUGGCUACGGAAACCUGUUGAGGAAAUACGGUACUGCAGCCGAUAAUGUUCUGGAUGCUCGCUUCAUGGAUGUUGAUGGGAAUAUUCUCGACCGGAAAUCAAUGGGAGAAGAUUUGUUUUGGGCGAUCCGAGGAGGUGGAUCUUCAAGUUUUGGAAUUGUUCUUGCAUGGAAGCUGAGCUUGGUUCCAGUUCCAAAAAAAGUAACUGUCUUUAUACUCAAUAAAACUUUGGAACAAGGGGCAACCGAAAUCUUCCAUAAAUAUCAAUACGUUGCACCAAAUAUCGAUAGAAAUUUGCACAUAAGAACUCAAGUUUUUGCCGAAUAUAUCGGCAACACCACCAAGAAAACCAUAAGAAUUAUGUUUGAAGGAAUAUAUCAGGGCACAACAGACACAUUGCUUCCGUUGCUUUACAGAAAAUUUCCAGAGCUCGGUGUUACCCGAGAGAUUUGUGAAGAAAUUAGAAUGGUGCAGUCGACCCUUGUGUUUUGGGGGUUGCCAAGCUCAACCCCGACCGAGAUUCUUACGAACCGAUCUGCCAUUGCCAAGCUGAACAACAAAAGCAAAUCAGACUACACCCGGGCACCCAUCCCCAUAAGAGGACUCAAGAAGAUAUGGAGAAAGCUUAUCCAAAACGAUGAAUCGGCGCUUCUGAUGAUCAAUCCAUUUGGCGGAAGGAUGGCUGAUUUCUCCGAGACAGCAAUUCCGUAUCCUCAUAGAGCGGGGGUGUUGUUACAAAUUCUAAAGACUGUCAAUUUUAACGGUCAACCUUCAGACACAACCCCUACGUCCCUCAGGAGGAUAGCUUGGCUGCGAAGCUUGGAUGCGUUAAUGACGCCUUAUGUGUCAAACAACCCCAGAGAGGCAUAUUCCAACUACAAUGAUCUGGAUUUGGGUGUUGGAAGUACUAACUACCAAGAAGCAAGUGUUUGGGGUGAGAGAUACUGGAAGAGGGACAACUUCAAGAAGUUGAUUCGAAUCAAGGCCAAAGUUGAUCCUCACAAUUUCUUUAGGCGCCCACAGACGGAAGCGGGUAUCUGCUUACGAAACCGGAACUGCCUCAGAACUGUGAGUUCUGGAACAGGAACCGCCUUAGGCGGUUCCGGUUCCAAUUUUUAUUUUUACGAAACCGAUACCCGUUGGAUACCCGCUGGUUCCGGUUCCAAUUUUUAUUUUUACGAAACCGAUACCCGCUGGAUACCCGCCGGUUCCGGUUCCGAUACUGGGUACCCGGAACCAGCGGUUAACCGGAACAGGGCAAAAGAACUUAUACCUGAUUUCCUUACCUUAGUCGUUUUAGGGUUUUUGAUAUUCAUUCUUACGAAAAGAAAAAAGAACACGCCGACACCAUAG